CGCCCCCUCAGUCGCUCUCCCUGCGCUCGGUCCUCCGCGAGCCCCCAAGUCCAGCUCUCUUCCCCCCACCCCGCUCAUCGGGGCUUCCUCUCACCGCCUUCCUAUCUGGCCCACAUCUAGGCGAUCCCCGACUCCCUUCUUCAUGGCGUCGCUUCUGUGCUGUGGGCCCAAGCUGGCCGCCUGCGGCAUCGUCCUCAGCGCCUGGGGAGUGAUCAUGUUGAUAAUGCUCGGAAUCUUUUUCAAUGUCCAUUCCGCUGUGCUAAUUGAAGACGUUCCCUUAACGGAGAAAGAUUUUGAGAAUGGCCCCCAGAACAUAUACAACCUUUACGAGCAAGUCAGCUACAACUGUUUCAUCGCCGCGGGCCUUUACCUCCUCCUCGGAGGCUUCUCUUUCUGCCAAGUUCGGCUCAAUAAGCGCAAGGAAUACAUGGUGCGCUAGAGCACCGUCGCGUUCCCCCUCUCCAGCCCCCUCCUCUAUUUAAAGACUCUCCCCACCCAGUCACACCCCCCCACCCCCAGUCUGGCGCCCUCUGCGGACUGGGUUUCCCUGGCGAUAGACUGAAUCCCUUGUUCUUCAACCUCUGGCGCCCGGCUCCAGUGGAGGGAGGUCGGGGCUGGCCGUUCCCUGUCCCUCCGGCCCCCUCGCCUUGUCUCGUUACACAAUAAAGAGAAACUGCUCUCUUAA